GGAAAAUUUUAGAAUUAUUUGCUUAUUAUUUGAUUGUGCCACGCAAAGACUUCAGAAUAGUGUUUAAAAAUUUGGAUAAUUUUAUAUAAAUUUAUUUAGAACUAUUAAAAACAAAUAAAGAAUAUAUAUCCACUCAUAUUUUAUAACACCAAGUAGUGAGAGAGCUUGAAGAAGUUACACGCUUCUCUAUCAAACAAAAUGGGUUCAAGCCAUAGUGUAGAGGUUCCGGGCGGUGGCACUGAGGGAUACCAUGUAUUGAAGGUACAGGAUAAUUCUCCUGGCCAAAAGGCAGGAUUAGAAGCUUUUUUCGAUUUUAUUGUAGCCAUAGCUGGAACACGCCUUGAUCAGGAUAACGACAUGUUAAAGGAAUUAUUGCGUCAAAAUGUUGACAAACCUGUAAGAUUAACGGUGUACUCAAGUAAAACACAAACAGUGCGUGAACUUACAUUAACUCCUAGUAAAAAUUGGGGUGGCCAGGGUUUGUUAGGUGUGAGCAUACGUUUUUGUUCAUUUGAGGGUGCAAAUGAAAACGUUUGGCACAUUCUCGAAGUACAUCCCAAUUCACCAGCUGAAAUUGCUGGUUUACGUGCAUAUUCCGAUUACGUUAUUGGUGCGGAUGCUAUACGACAUGAAAAUGAUGAUUUGUUUACUUUAAUCGAAUCACAUGAACAACAACCGCUUAAAAUGUACGUCUACAAUAUUGAUGACGAUGCAUGUCGUGAGGUAACGAUUAAACCAAAUUCUAAUUGGGGAGGUGAGGGAGCGUUGGGUUGUGGUAUUGGUUAUGGAUAUUUACAUCGUAUCCCAGUACAGGCAGUGGCCUCUGUUAUCAAAGCUCCCACUACCAUUGAACCCGUACAAUCAACGAAUACGACAAACACCAUACCACCGAUUUCGACAAACGUAACACCAGUUAUAGCACCUUCGCUGCCUUAUGUUCCUCCUUUAACAAACACAUUUAAACAACCACAAACUAAUGCGCCAACGGAUGUUUCAAUAGCAAAUGUUGAUUCUGAGAACAUUGCGGUUUCAACAACAACAACAGCUUCGCAACAGCCAAGUGUUUUUCAAACAUAUUUCAAUCCAGAUGCGAUACCCUCAACAGCCAGUAGUGGUUUCGAUACUAUACAUAACACAACUACAACCGAGGCACAACAGAUUGGUCAAGCUAACGCGUCUAAUAUCGCUUCUUCUAUUAGCUCCCAAUUUCCUGCUCCAGUUGCUGCUCCCAAUUCACAAUCGUCACAAUUCUACGUUUCUAAUGUCCCACCACCGGCGAGCUUGUUUAUACCCGGAGCUAGUGAACAAACAACGUCAACUGUUGUUGCAGCACCACAGUUGCCGUAUGCACAGGCUACAUUGCCACCAAAUGCACCAUACGUUUCAACCGCAACGGUACCAAUGUAUUCAAUGGCAACUCAACAACAACAACAAUAUAUGACUGCACCAGUGGCAUUAUCAUAUCCAUCUGCCCAAACAGUACCCACUUAUCCACAAGUGCAACCAACAGCUGGACUUUAUCCGACACAGCCAACACCUAUGCCACCACAAAUGUAUGCCCAACAGUCAGCACCAGAAUCGAAUGCAACCGUUACCGGCACACCUCAGGCAGCAAAUAUUCCAACAACAAGCGUGACACACAUGCAAGCUAUACAACAAACAUUUGCGAAUUAGUUAAACACAAGGAAUCUUAUGCAGAUAUAUUAAUUUUUAUGUUUGUACUAAACUUUAUGUGUUUUAUAUAUGUAUGUAUAUGUUUUAUUCUUUUGCUUAUUGUUUAUAAAGGUCUACAAUAUUUACAGUUGUUUGACAGAAUGAUUAGUAAAAUUAUGUUAAAGACGAAUUAUUAAAUUUAUAUAUGUAAAUGGCAAUGUGAAAAAUAGAUUCGAAAUCUUGGAAAAUAUAUUGAUUGCUAAAUAACUGUAUGUAACCAAACAAUACAUAA